AUUCCGUUUCCAACUCUGGGCCUUGGCCAGAAGAGCAUAAUCUUAGAUUCGUUCCAAAUUCGACUGAUUUUGAAGUUCACCCAUCAAACUCCGGCAUGUUCAAGACAGAAACAAUGGUGGUUUGCCUUCAACAACUACAGACCAUCGAAGGAAAGCCGUAAAAAAAAAAUCAGAAGGCCUAAAUGCUAUCUAGAUAUGAUUCGCCUUAUCAUAGAGUGACGAGUGCCGUGAAUACAUUAUAAGGUUAUCACGUUUUGAAACAUUUGCUACGCUCUUAAACCAUGUUUUCGUAACACCUUUAAGCGGAAAAAACCGUCCAAGUACUUAGAAAUGCACUAUCUACUGUUCAAGAUAGGUAAUAAGUAAACAGGUUCCGCUUCUUAGAAUAAUUUUACAUUCUGAAUGCGUCGCAUAAAUUUUUGAAAACUAGGAUAAGUAGGCAGGUACCUUUUGUAAAGCCGCGAGCUUAUCUAUGACGAUUGUUCCUGACCUUUACAAAGUCAUUUUUUUUUUACUUUCUGUAACUUUUUUUGUUCUAUAUGAACUACAGUGUAAGGUUCUGUGGUACAAAGUGAAUAUUUCGCGUAUAUUGGUCAACAGAUCACCAUCAUGGAUGAAUCACCACCGGUAUUAUUUUUUUCCAAACGUCUUCUGGUAGCUGUUACGAUAUUCGUAUCGUUUAUCAAUUUCCAGCUGUUGAAGAAUAAUAUCAGUAUCUGUAUUGUUGAGAUGCUGUCAAAUAGAACAACAACAGGACGACCAGAUUUCGACUGGAACGCCGCUACCAUUGGUAUAAUCCUCAGUUCCUCUUCUUAUGGUGGUUUUCUUUCAUUUGUGAGCGGAUUUUUAGUACAUAAACUUGGUGGAUCAACAAAUGCGUCAUUAUGUAUGUUGAUAUCGGGCCUCACAACCCUAAUACAACCGCUCGCGUUGCAUCUAGAUCUUUGGAGUUUCUUAUUAUGUCGAUUUGUAACCGGAAUAUUUGAGUCAUUCUUUUAUGCAAGUACUGCGGAUAUAGCUGCACACUGGUUUCCAAGAAAUGAAAGAUCUAUGCUUAUAUCAUUCAGCUUUAAUGGAGCUAACGUUGGCACAGCUAUUGUGUAUCCUUUCUGUGGAUAUAUAUCUUACAACUUCGGAUGGAAAAAUACAUUCUAUAUCACAGGGGCCAUAUCUGUCAUCGUGUCAAUAAUGUGUUAUAUUUUUGUAAGAAAUCACCCUUGCGAGGACAAAUGGAUUUCAAAAGAAGAACUUGAAUACAUAUGCGAUGGAACUGACACCAAUUCAGAAGAAAAUUUGCAUCAUCCAUACCAAAGUAUACUCACAUCAAAGGCAGUUAUUUCUUUAUAUUUACUUGUAUUCGCAUACAUGUGGAUCGAUUCGAUUUUUGUGACAUUUCUACCUUUAUAUAUCAGAGAUCACACUCAAAAUCAAAAUGUCGACGAAAUAGGGCUGUUAGCUCUAAUACCAAAUUUGGUUUUUGUUUUCGUGGUACCACUAGCUGGAUUUCUUAUAAACUUCUGGGACAAUAAGGAUACCACUACAUUUACUCAAAUUUGUAAAAUUGUGACAUCAUUCGCUUGCAUGGUAUCAAUCAUUACUUUAAUAGCAAUUGCGUUGAUUUCUAGUUUUACCAUUAAAAUGAUACUAAUCGUCAUUAUUGAAACUGCAAUGGCAUUCCUUUCGCUAGUCUUACAAUUCGUCCCAUUCAAGCUGUAUCCGGAUAGCUCCAGCUUCAUUUUCGGGUUCAUUAUUGCUGUUUUCUCAAUCAGCGCUGUGCUAUCGCAAAACGUUAUGAGCCUCAUCGUCACAAAUCAUACUGUCCAAGAAUGGAAUUUUUGUUUCGUCGUAUCAUGUGGAAUAUUACUACUGGCUGCGGUUGUAUUUGAGAAGUUUGGAUCUUGUGAAAAAGUCGAAACACAUAGUGAAAAAAAAUGAUUUUUGAAAUCGGUUGGAACUAUAGAGAAUUUUUUAGUCAAAACAUCGGAUACAUAAUACCUACUGUCUAUAAAUACUUAUAAGUACCUAAUUACUCAUUCCUUAUCACUUAUAAACACUUCACAUAGGUAUUAGGUAUUCAUUAGUUAAUACAUAACAUAAAUACAAGCAAUUAUUCCUUAUCAUUUUGUAAACACUUCGCAUUAAACGAUUUUUAAUACCGA